AGAGAUUCGAGGCUCGAACGGCGGCCGAUUUUGUUGACCUGCCUGUUGUAGAAUGGACUAGGAAUUGCCUCUUCCAACCCUACCUCGGAUCCCACGAUGAUCUUUGCCUUAUCUCCCGCCCAUGUUGUUGCACCCGGCAUUCGCCUGCAGGGUCAAUGCUCAAGUGAAGGCCCCCGGGGUUGCAUCCAAUUGUGAGAGUGAGGAUAGGUAUAUGAGGUGAAGCCGUCCCUCUUCGGGCGCGCUUUCCUUUCUGUUCAGCCGUUUCCCCUGCGACCUACACAUCAACAUGGCCGACCAAAUAUCACCAGAGCGCUCGUUCGACGAGAAGCACCCUUACACAUCUGGUUCUGAGCCUGCCCAUGCUCCUGGUCUUACCACCGAGGAUUAUGAGGGCAAGCCUACCGAGGAGGAGCGCAAGACUUUGCGCCGUAUCCCUGGUUCCCUCCCCACUGUCGCAUACAUGAUCUGUAUCGUCGAGUUCUGUGAGCGCGCUUCCUACUAUGGUUGCCAGCCUCUUUUCAGCAACUUCGUCAACCGUCCUAUGCCUGUUGGUGGUAACGGAUAUGGUGCUCCCGCUCAGGGCACUCAGCAGACUGCUGGUGCUCUCGGUAUGGGUACAGUCAAGGCCAACGCUGUCUCUCAGUCGUUCUCUCUUCUCUGUUACGCCCUUCCUCUCUUCUUUGGUUACCUCGCCGAUGCAAAGACUGGUCGCUACAAGCUCAUCUGCUGGGGUGUGCUACUCUUCGGUCUUGCUCACGUUCUCCUGGUUGGCGCUUCCGCUCCCAGUCUUCUUGCCAGCGGUGCUGCCAAGGGUCCCUUCUUUGUCUCCGUUUACUUGCUGGCCGUCGGAUCUGGUAUCUUCAAGCCUAAUGUUUCUCCUCUCCUUCUUGAUCAGAUGCCUGAGACCGUUCCCGUUGUCACCACCACCAAGAAGGGUGAAAGAGUCAUCAUUGAUCCCGAGGCCUCAACUGAGCGUGCUAUGCUCUGGUUUUACCUUCUGAUCAACAUUGGCGGUUUUAUGGGUGUUGCUACCGCUUACUGUGAGAAGUACGUCGGCUGGUGGUUGGCAUACCUCAUUCCCCUCAUCCUCUACAUUCCUCUUCCCGCCCUCCUUUGGUUCCUCCGCAAGCGCCUUGUGCUUCACCCACCCGGUGGCUCGGAUCUCCCCAACGUCUUCAAGGUUCUCAGCAUCUGCUUCCGCGCUGGUGGUGUCAAGAGAAUCGGUCGUCACGGUUUCUGGGAGCCUGCUAAGCCUUCUGUCAUCGCUGCCAAGGGUACCGGUUACUCCACUUGCUGGGACGACCAGUUCGUCGAGGAUGUUCGCCGUACGUUCCAGGCCACUGGUAUCUUCUGUUUCUUCCCCAUCCAGUACCUCAAUGACAACGGUAUCGGUUCCGCUGCCUCUUACCUGACCACUAUGCUUACCACCAACGGUGUCCCCAAUGACGUUAUCUCCAACUUCAACUCUCUCUCCAUCAUCCUGAUGGCUCCCGUUCUCAACUACGGUCUCUACCCUCUUCUUCGCAAGUGGCAUAUCCGCUACGGACCCGUUGCUCGUAUGACCACUGGUCUUGCUCUUUCGACUCUUGGUGGCAUCGGUUACACUGUCUUGAACUCCUACGCCUACAAGCUUGGACCCUGCGGCAAGUUCGGUUCCAGUGAGACCUGUGUUGACGCCGACGGUGUGUCCCUCGUCGCUCCCAUCACCAUCUGGUGGGUCGCCAUCCCUUACGCCAUUGGUGGUAUCUCCGAGUUGUUCAUCAAUGUUCCCGCUUACGGUAUUGCUUACUCGCGUGCACCCCCAAACAUGCGUGGUCUCGUCUCCGCCAUCAACCUCUUCUCCACUGCCAUCGCCUACCUCAUCGGUCUUGCCUGCUCAGCCGUCAUUAAGGAUCCCUACCUCACCUGGGACUUUGGUGGUUGCGCCAUUGCCGGCGGUAUCCUCACUGUCAUCUUCUGGUUCCUGUUUAAGCACAUCGAUGAUGAGGAGUACACCCUUUCUCAGCGUGAUGACCACCACGUUACCCAGCAAGGUCAUGACCCCACCAUGGAUGGCCACAAUGACCAUAACCCUGUCAUUGGCACCGACCCUGACAAGGUUUACAAGUACGAAAAGGCCGGCGAGCCUGUUCCUAUUGCUCACUAAGCGUGUUCGACAAAAAAAGUCUCCUCUUUCACAAAUGUUCAUAGAAACAUCUCUUUUUCUUUUAGCUUAGAUGAUGAUGAAUGACUUCCUAUCACGCAUAAUAUGAUGCGGAGGAAUGUCUACCUUUAAUGAAUAAGCUAGAAGCUUUAUUUUCCACAUC